AUUGUGCAAUUAAUUAGUCAUAAAAUUACACUUGUAUGUAAAAAUUUAACUAUUUGGUACCGUAUUGCUAAAAGUACGACUUAUGCACAUAAAGAUAUAUGUAUGUAUUUAUGUGUGUGUGUACAUGCGUAUGCAUGUAAUAUGAGAAGUCUAUGUACUUAAGGUUGGUUUCUUAUAAGUGUAGAUGCAUAUGUACAUACAUUACAUAUUUAAGGACUAACGAAAUCUAAUCUUUUGCACAUAUGUACAUACAUAAACAAAGUCCAAAUUCGUCCAGUAAAUAUUUUAACAGCCAGGCACAUGAAAUCCAUUCUGGUAAAGAAGGGAGUUCAUGAGCUCUCAUAAGUUCUCAUGAGUCGCUCAUGAUGAGUUUUAUCCAAUCCGUUCAUGAAAAAUGCAUCUUGAUCAAAUAUAUGUACAUACGUUUUAAGUAAGUAUGAUAGUCACUUCAUCUUCAUCUCAGCUUGCUGAUAGAUAGUUCUCUUUUUUAGGAGGAUUCAAGUUAAAAAUUAAUUUCUGAAAUAAAAUGUUUAACGGAGUAAAGGAAUGGUACUACGAUACGGUGACGGACGUCCAGAAUGCGAUAAGUUCCAGCGAAAAUCAAUUCGUGUCGUAUGACAAACUCCUCAAAAAGGCGAAUCCCGGCGACCUAAUUGAAUUUUGUCGUGGUCCUUACAAUCACUGGGCAAUGAUGUCUGAAGAGAACGGAAAAGUCUACAAUAUUUGUGCGGAGAGCAAGGAAUGCACCCAGGCCGAGAUAAAACUGCAAACGCUAAAAUACGUUUGCGAACUAGGGCCUACUGCAGACCGUCAACGAGCACGUGUCAACAAUAAGGAAGGUUUCCGAGGCUUACUGCCAAAUUUGAUGACCGCAGACCUGGAACCACUUCCGGUUGAGGAGUCGAUUGAAAUGGCGAGAGAAAUGUUGGGAACUUUCGUCGAGUACAGUUUUACCGGAAAAAAUUGUGAGUACUAUUGUACCCUGUGGAAGUUUGGGAGGGGGUAUACGGAUCAGGCGUUGAGAUACUAAUUUUGGCCGCUAAUUAAUUAAUAUAGUAUGCGAUUGACCAGUCAAAUAAUAAAAUUUUAAGCAGUAGUAGUUUUGAAGUGUGGAUUUUCCUUAAUUUCUGUAUUCUAUUUGUAUUCAUGAGCUUCCGAAUAAACCUAAAUUUUCCUUACUCGCCA